UCUUUGCUCAUUUCCGGUAUUCUGGUUCUGUAAAAAGCAAAAUUAAACAAAACCAACAAACCCUAAAAAUAAAUAAAUGAGAUUUUCAUUUUGAUUUGAUAAACCCUGAUAAAACCCUUGAUCAGUGGAUGCCAGUUUCACAGGAGAACAACAUGGCUACACCGUUUAUUGCAGGACUUACUGUAGCUGCUGCUGCUCUUGCUGGUAGAUAUGGUGUUCAAGCUUGGCACGCGUUCAAAACACGACCAGCAACAGCUAGAAUGCGGAAAUUCUACGAUGGUGGUUUUCAACCGACAAUGACGAAGAGAGAAGCAGCUCUUAUUCUUGGCCUCAGGGAGAGUGCACCUCCAGAUAAAGUUAAGGAAGCACAUAGAAAAGUGAUGGUGGCUAAUCAUCCAGAUUCUGGAGGAAGCCAUUACCUUGCUUCGAAAAUUAACGAAGCUAAAGAUAUGAUGCUUGGAAAGACAAAGAACAACGGAUCGGCAUUUUGAUACGACCAAAGUUUCUGCAAGUUUACCUUUAUCAAAUUUAUAUUUUAAAAAGAGAUUUUUUUUUAGUUUGUGUUUUAUUCUUACCCAUUAAAAGUUUAUGGUGUUGAUUAUCAUGGAAAUGGUAACUCAAGUGUACCCCUUAUUGAAUCUUUGUAAAACCCAGAGAUUCUGAUGAGUUCAUGCGUUCGAGUUAGGGUGGAAAGUGUUUCACACCCUUUCUGAAGAACGAAAAUGAAGCUCCUACGACAAGAUUGUGGCGAAAGCUGCAUUUGCAUUGGCGGAUAAAACUUCAGAGUUUUACUACUUGGACUCCUAGAAAUUGUAUUCAUCUUGCUCUUGAAUCCAUUUUGCUUGUAAUUUUCUUAUUCGCAUGAACUGUAAGACUGUUACGUACAGCCAAGUAAAGCUUGGCUCUGCUUAUUAGUGGUAAUUGUCAGUAAAAAUGAGGUUGAGAAAUAUUUGUAUGUAUCGAUA